AUGGGGCAUUCGAAGCAAGGUGUGGAUGUGAAACUUGGCCGGCUCCUUGUUAUCGAGAAAGACGCCCGAAUGAUGGUCAAACUCGACGAGGAUGACGGGGCUUUGGAUGCGAUAAUAGAAAGGGCCGAGGUCGCUAAAGCCUCCGAUCCACGAAAAGUCCGUCUCGGAGAGAAAAUCUCGAAUCUGGGCGAGCUACAUGGCCCGCGGCCGCUCGGGCAGGUAGAGGAGGAACUGGUCCAGAAUCGCAAACACCAGCGAGACCUAGGCGGCGUUCAUCUGCGACACCAAGAUGCCCUGAUAGGGCAGGCCGCGGUUGUCGCGAUACGCUCCGGAGACGUGCCGCUGAUCAUCGUGAUUCCACCGCCCCUCCGGCAUCUCCGGACCCCUCAUCUGCUUGUGCGUCUGGGCCUGCGCCUGCAGUGUCUCCACCAGGCUUUGCAUCAACAGCAACCCAAGGGCCUCUUCGUCGUGCAGGAUCCGGGUCCCCUGGUAAGGGCCUUGGUCGAUGAAAUUCAGCUCGGCGCCCGUAAACCACAGCGAAAUUGUAUGAGUACUCACUCAUCACGCCGGGAGCGCGCACAAGCUCGCCGAGGAAAUGAUUGA